AUGGAGGACCAGAUUGGCCAGAUUGAAUCUUUUUUAAGAUUUCUUUUCAGCAUCCUGGGCUAUAUAGCCAUGCCUGGUUUCUGGGCCGAGAGCCUCAUCUUCUGGAUGCUCGGCCUGCCCACAUCGACGAGUUUUCGCAUGUUUCCUCCAGCAGACAUCGUCCCCGGCCACGACUACCCCACGAGCAUAGCAUAUAGCUAUGUUUUGAUCACCAUGCUAUUCAUACCCAGUUUCAUCUCUUCGGAUCGCUAUUUUGACGGCUCAAACACUCUUGGAUCGAUACUUCGUCCUUUAACUAGAAGGGCCAACCCAUCCAUGGAAUUCGCCGCCAUGUUUGCUCGUGUUUGGCUGGCUGCGGCUUGGGUGAAUGCGGCAACGGCUCAGUUUAUGACUGACUGGGUUCUUUGGACAUUUUGUGCGAAACUUGGGUAUACCAUGGUUGUCAUGCUCGAACCCUCUCUAGAAAGGUUCCAGGUCUACAUGCAGCGUUGGCCAGCGUCGCUGCUACAGGGGGAUUGA